CAGGGAGCCGGCCGCGGCCGCCACUGCUGCUCCGGCUGCCCAUGCCCAUGUAUGUGCUGCGAGCUCUGGCUGGCCGGGGCCGGGCGCUGCGGGUGGCUGCUGCUGCUGCGCGCCAUUAAUAGCCACGGCACAGGCCGCCGCCACGACGGGGCUUGUGCCAAGAAGGAGGCGGCAGCGGCAGCGGCAGCGCCUGGCAGAGAGGAGCCAUGAGCUCGGCGAGGAGUUCCGAGUCUCCGGCGCUGGAGCGUUUCCAGAGCCCGGGCAAAGGCCGGGGGCUGCGGGCGCUUCGCCGCUUCGCCGUCGGGGAGCUGCUCUUCUCGUGCCCGGCCUACACGUGCGUGCUGACCGUCAACGAGAGGGGCAACCACUGCGAGUGCUGCUUCGCCAGAAACAAGACUGGCCCCUGCACAAGCUAGAAUGCUCAGCCAUGUGUGUGUUUGGGCAGAACUGGAAUCCCUCAGAGACUGUGAGACUCACUGCAAGGAUUAUUGCCAAACAGAAAACACACCCUGGAAGGACUGAGUCAGAAAAACUCCUUUCUAUAACAGAGUUUGAAUCCCAUCUCGAUAAGCUUGACAAUGAAAAGAGAGAGUUGAUUCAGAAUGACAUCUCGGCUCUCCAUCACUUUUAUUCAAAGCAUAUAGAAUACCCUGACAAUGCAGCUCUUGUGGUCCUUUUUGGUCAAGUGAACUGUAAUGGCUUCACAAUUGAAGAUGAAGAACUUUCACACUUGGGAUCAGCGAUAUUCCCUGAUGUGGCGCUCAUGAACCACAGUUGUUGCCCCAACGUGAUUGUCACCUACAAAGGGACCGUGGCUGAAGUCAGAGCUGUGCAAGAGAUAGAAGCUGGUGAUGAGAUUUUUACCAGUUACAUUGACCUGCUAUAUCCUACAGAAGAUAGGAAUGAUCGGUUAAGAGAUUCUUACUUCUUCACUUGCGAUUGCAGAGAGUGCAUUACUAAAAAAAAGGACAAAGAUAAACUGGAAAUCCGCAAGCUGAACGAGCCUCCAUCAGCAGAAGCUGUGCGAGAUAUGAUCAAAUAUGCCAGAAAUGUGAUUGAGGAAUUCAGGAGGGCCAAACACUACAAAUCCCCAAGUGAACUGCUCGAGGUUUGCGAGCUUAGCUUGGACAAGAUGGGCGCUGUGUUUGUCGAGAGCAAUGUUUACAUGCUGCACAUGAUGUACCAGGCUAUGGGAGUCUGUCUGUACAUGCAAGACUGGGAGGGUGCUUUGCGCUACGGGCAGAAGAUUAUCAAACCGUACAGUAAACAUUAUCCUUUAUAUUCCCUCAAUGUGGCCUCCAUGUGGCUGAAACUGGGGAGACUUUACAUGGGCCUGGAAAACAGACCUGCUGGCGUUAAGGCUCUCAAGAAGGCAAUUGCCAUCAUGGAGAUAGCACAUGGGAAAGAUCAUCCAUACGUUAUAGAGAUCAAAAAGGAAUUAGAGGCCCACUGAGUCUUUGAAUCUAUGCAAUCCUUCAACCUUUCUUUAAAAGCCUUGCUAUGGAAACUUCAGGAGUGCUUUGAAAAUUGACAUGGGAUGAAAGCUUUUCUGUAAAAUAAUUGGAAUGACAAACAUGUGGUGCACCCGGGCCUUACCUCUUGCAUUCUCUGAGGUUGAUGUGAAAUAUCUUGAGCCUUGAUGAAUUAAUUUUGAAUGCUUUUCCCCCACUAAGGAAAUGCCACGGUUUCAUACAGCUAAUGCCUUUGAUGGAUCAUGUGCAGAGAUGACCAAUUCUUUUCUCUACAGAUUUUAAUGUACUAUGUAUCUUAGCCAUGCAAAGCAAUUAAUUAAAAUGGGACAGCCUUGCUUGA